CACCACAGUUGAGGAUCUGUGGAGCCGCGGAGAGUCUCCCCCCCUCUACCCAGUCCUGCUCAGGUUGACAACUGCAGCAGCCUGCCCUCACAUUAGCCCGCAUGGAGACACCUCCAACCCCGACAACAUGCACCUCUGAAAGCUUCAACACACCGUCUUUUGUCUAGCCUGCGGGGGGAGAAAAAAGUCUGCAGGAUCACUUUUCCUUGAGGUGGACCGAGCGUAAAGGGAUUUUUGCUCCUUUCCUUCUUUUUUCGCUCAGGCUUUCUCCUCCCGCCUUUCACGGUCCAGUGCUCGAUUUUGAGGACUUUUUGUUUCCUUUGGAAGAAAGCGCCACUGUUCCCCCUGAGUCUACCUGCUCGCCCAGCACCCAUGAAUACGGAUAAAAAUGUGUACCUCGGCAGAGACAAAGGCAUCAUGCGGAAGAGAGCUUUGCUCCUUCGGAAAGGCUGCAGCUUCGAAAUUACCAGCUCUGCCUCGGAGGACUUGGGCUGCAGGCGUGGAGACUUCAGCAGGAAACACUAUGGCUCGGUCGAGCUGCUAAUUUCCAGUGACGCAGAUGGGGCCAUUCAGAGGGCAGGGCGCUUCAGGGUGGAGAAUGGCUCUACAGAUGAGACCUCGGACUACACUCCAGGAACCUGGAGGAGGACUGACGUCCACCUGGAGAAUCCAGAGUACCACACCAGAUGGUUCUUUAAAUACUUCCUGGGAAAAGUUCACCAGAACUAUGUGGGUACAGAUGCAGAGAAGAACCCCUUCUAUCUGUCAGUCGUCCUCUCAGACCAGAACAACCAACGGGUUCCUCAGUACAGAGCCAUCCUCUGGAGAAAGACGGGCACUCUGAAGAUCAGCCUCCCCUACAGCCCGACAAAAACACUAUCAGUGAAGUCCAUCCUAAGUGCAAUGAACAUGGACCGGUUUGAGAGAGGCCCUAGGGAGAUCCUCAACCCGGAGAUCCAGAAGGAUCUGCUGGUGUUGGAGGAACAGGAGGGAUCUGUCAACUUUAAAUUUGGUGUCCUUUUUGCCAAAGAAGGACAGCUCACAGAUGACGAGAUGUUUAGCAACGAGAUGGGGAGUGAGAGCUUCGAUAAGUUUCUAAAUCUUCUGGGUGAUUCCAUAACACUUCAGGGAUGGGCAGGUUACCGUGGAGGGCUAGACACAAAGAAUGACACUACAGGGAUAAAGUCCAUCUACACAGUGUAUCAGGGCCAUGAGCUCAUGUUCCAUGUGUCCACCAUGUUACCCUACUCUAAGGAGAACAAGCAGCAGGUGGAGAGAAAGAGACACAUUGGAAACGACAUUGUUACCAUAGUAUUCCAGGAAGGAGAUGACGCAUCGUCGUCCUUCAAACCGUCUAUGAUCCGUUCCCACUUCACCCAUAUUUUUGCAUUAGUUAGGUAUAAUAGCCAGAAUGACAGUUACAGGUUGAAGAUAUUCUCAGAGGAGAGUGUUCCACUGUUUGGACCCCCUCUGCCGUCUCCACCUGUGUUUACUGAUCACCAAGAAUUCAGGGACUUUUUACUAGUCAAAUUAAUCAAUGGAGAGAAAGCCACACUGGAGACGCCAACGUUUGCUCAAAAGCGUCAGAGGACCCUCGACAUGUUGAUCCGCUCACUUUACCAGGACCUCAUGCCAGACCUGCACAAGGUUCCUUUUUCUCCCCAGAACAUGUUAAACCGGCGCUCCUUCAGCGACGUGCUGCCUGAGUCUCCAAAGUCAGCACGCAAAAAAGAGGAGGCACGGCAGGCGGAGUUUGUCAGAAUAGGACAGGCUCUGAAGCUGAAGACCAUCGUGAGAGGAGACGCUCCAACCAGCCUCGUCACCACGGGCCUGUGCAGAAAAGAGCCAUGGGAGUCCCAGUCAUUCUGCAGCACUUUCCCCUACGAGAUUGUGUGUGCAGACUCCUGGGGUCAAUCUCUGCUGGUUGCCACGGACACAGCGGGGGUCAUGCUGCUGGAUGGGCCGGAUCCUGCUCUGCCAAACGCCGAGACUCAGACUCUCCCUCCAGUGCAGGUUUUCGACAAAACCAUGUUGGUGAAGCAGAUGCACGUUCUCGAGCCUCAGGACCUGCUUAUCACCAGGGCGGACAAAGGGAAGGACGCUCGCCUUUAUGUGUUCAGACUGAGCGCGCUCAAGAGAGGCCUGGAGGAGAAGCAGCUCGUCAGGAGCAAGUGUGACAGCCGGGAGAACAAACUGGAGAAAACAAAAGGUUGUCAUUUGUACUCGAUCAACACCCACCACGGCUCCGAGCUGAGGAUAGUAGCAGCCAUCAGGAACAAACUCCUCCUCAUCACCAGGAAACAUCCACGGGUUGAAAGCUUCAGCGCCGUGGCGGCUGGAGCUGACUCGCCGGUGGAGGAGUUUCAGUACAUACGGGAGAUCUGUCUGUGCGACCCGCCAGUGGUGAUGGCGUUGGUGGACGGCCCGACGGGAGAAAAUGACAACAUGAUCUGCGUGGCCUACAAACAUCAGUUUGACCUGAUCAAUGAGAGCACAGGAGAUGCCUACAGGCUACAUCAUGUAGAUGCCAACAGGGUAAACUAUGUAGCAGCCAUUGAUGUUUAUGAAGACGGGGAGGCGGGUCUGCUGUUGUGUUACAACUAUAUUUGUUACUAUAAGAAAGUUUGUCCAUUCAACGGCUCCACACCCAUGAUCCAGUCCAACACCUCAGACUUCCACUUCAGCUGGAACCAGAUGCCCAAUGCUAUCGUCUGCGCUUUCCCCUACAUCCUGGCCUUCACCACGGACUCCAUCGAGAUUCGGCUGGUCGUUAACGGCAACCUUGUGUACACAGCAGUGGUACCAGAGCUGCAGUUAGCAGCCUCACGGUCGGAUAUCUAUUUCCUUUCGUCUGCUCCGGUGAGCUCAGCAUCCAACUGCAGUUCGAGAGACACCAGUUCCCAGAGUUCCCCGCAGACUCCCACUGGCUACGAGAUGCCUGUAUUUCCUUCGCCGCUUGGUGACGAUUCUAUACGGAUCCCCUAUGGUACCAAGCUUUCCCUGUACAUGUCUAAGGAUGCUGAAGGUGAGGCUUCGUGUAAACACAUAUUCAAGAUCCCUCUCUGCAACCUGGUGGGCCGGAGCAUCGAAAGACCCCUCAAGUCCCCUCUGGUCAACAAGGUGCUGACGACGCCAGCCCCCGCCAUGGUGCCCCCAACGCCCCUCAUCUCUGCUACGCACUCGAUGUCACUGUCCCGCAUGGAGAUCAAAGAGAUAGCCAGCCGCACACGGAAGGAGCUGCUGGGGUUGACCGAGGAACCAAGUGGGAAGUCCGACAGCGGGACGGUCAAACAGAGGAGGAUGAGCAAGAAGAACACUGAAGAAGAGCCCAAAGCACGAGCACUGACAUCGACAAACAGCGACAGGUUAGCCUCAGAGUCUGUAGACUCAGACCUGGACGUCCAGCUGCAUUGUUCCUCCAGCUCGGAGGCGGAGCCAGAGAAGGCGCUGCUGCGAGCGGAGAGCCCAACUCUGGUCAACGCCUUUGCUCCCUCCACGUCGUUUGAAGAAGAUGUCCUGGACCUAAAGUGAAGACAAUCCCAUCGUGCACUUCUCUGCCCUCACACUUUUGUACUGUCACCAUGGUUUUUAUGGUUUGGGUUGGUUUGCGUUUCAUUUGUUGUUUGUUGACUUACCCGUACGUUUGGUUUGUUCAUACCCCUGGAUCCUGGCUCUCCCCGUUCAUCAGAUGAGACGUGUGCAGUGGGAGUGAGGACGUGUCUGUGUGCAUGUUUGUUCUCACAAGCGGUCCCUCUGCCACUGCGUGUCGGUUGUUUGUGUUGCCCUGCAGCAAAUAACCCAAAGAGGCUAUGAAGUAGUGUUGAGAUGCCGUGGUUUCUUCAGACUUCUGCAGCAGCCUUGAGGUGAUGCUAACCGUUUGAUCCCAAACCACAAAGUGAAUGUAAAUCUGCGCACCGAGGCACGACUCAGAUCUCAUUCCCAGCGCCGUCUGCAGUCAGUAGAGCUUUUUCUGUGUUGUAUAUUAUGUGAUAAUUUCCAAUCCACUAUCAAAUGUUGUAUGAUAUGCAUAUGUACGUGUACAUCUGUUUAUACAUGAAAAUGCCCACAGAGACAUGCCUGUCAUGCCUGCGGUGCAUAUUUAUAGAUAUAUUAUAAAAUCCCAUUUUAUUCCCGUAUUUAGGAGAACCUGUUUUAUUCUAUCUGCACAUUUUAGUCCUUAUUCCGCUCCUUUUUCACAGUUUACAGGUAGACAGGGCUGGAGGCAGAGUCUCCCACAAGUGCCAUUUCCCAGCAUCCUCCACUGAACUACACCUCUAACAGCCACCGUAUUAUGGUGUCUUACAGUAGCAGCCAUGAUUGUAGUCCACGUUAGAUUACCACAGGUCCUUUCACACAUAGAUUCACUAACAGGAGGCGUUGCUCUCAACCUUAAACCUGCAUGAUCUGCCUUUGCUACAAGUAUUGUAUCCUCUGCGCCAAAUAAUAGCUUCUGUGGAAACCAGGAGGCGUCAUACCAAGCAUACAAAUGUGAAGAGAACUAUGGGUAAACUGUCUACACUGUCCUGAAGGGAGAGCAGCAAGAAAGGACAAAUUAAAGCUAAACUUUGUCCAAAAAAUAGAAAUGAAUUACUGACUUCUUAAUAAACCAAGAUCCAUCCAUCUAGACUCAUCUAGACCAGAGGUGUCAGACUCAAUCACAGCAGGGGCUGAAUUCUGAAUUUGGGUCUAACUUGAGGGCCUAACUGGGUCAAAAUUUACCAUAAACUGUCAACCUCAUCUUCAGUGGUGACAAAUUAUAGGGAAAAUAUGUAACAUUGAUGAUGAAUGAUUUUGAGAUUAAAAAAAAAAAUUUAAAUGUUAAAAUCAUGAUCUUUAACAGUUAAAGUACUAAAAAAAAAUCUAAACUAUGACUUUAAAAGGUCAAAAUAUGAGAUAAAAAUUCAAAAUUUUGAAUCGAAAAGGACAAUAUUUGGGAUUAAAAGUUAUAUUUAGUAGUUGAAAAUGUCAAGAUAUGAGAAAAAGAAUCUAAACCAAGAGUUUAUAAGGUGAAAAUAUGAGAUACAAUUCAAAAUCAAGAGUUUUAAAGGUCAAAAUAUAAGAUGAAAUUCUAAAUAAUAAGUUUUUAAUGUCAAAAUAUGAGAUAAAGUUGAAAAUAUUGAGUUAUAGAGGUCCAAAGAUGAGCUAAAAAUUUCAGAUUUUUAAUAGAAAAGGUUCAAAUUUAUGAUUAAAAUUCAAAGUUAGGAGUUGAAAGUGUGAAAAUGUAAGAUUAAAAUCAAUUUCAUGACUUUAAAACAUCAAAAUAUGACAGAAAUUUAAACUGUGAAUCUAAAUUUUUAAAAUAUGAGAUAAAAGUAAAAAUUAUGAUUUGAAAAAGGUCAAAAUAUAAAAAUUCAAAACCAUUACUUUAACUCAUAGUUGUGAAAUGCAAAUUAGAUAAUACGAAAUAAAACCACAAAUUUCCUUCCCCACAUUCCUGACUUUUUAUCACAAUAUUUUAACUCUUUACUCUUUCUUAUUCUUUUGACCUAACAAGGAUAUUUUCAAUUAUCAAGGAAAAGUUUACAUUGUUUUACUGGAGGAAAUCUGCAGCCCUCAUACUGGUGGGCCAGUUAUGAUAAAAUUAUGAUAAGAUCUGGUGGGCCGGGUUUAACUGUGCCACAGGCCUGAUUUGGCCCCCGGGCCUUGAGUUUGACACCCCUGAUCUAGACCAGACUGUUUGAUAGAUUACCUACAAAGACCCAACAUUAAUCCACUAUAACCUACUUGAACUGUUUUCUCUGCUUCAUUAAAUAUUUUGUGAUCUGGGUUUGCAGGUCAGGUUUUUUUCUUUAAACUUUUGGUAUCCUUACCAUUACCUUAAUCCUUAACCAGAACCUAAACGGAGGUUUAACCUGAUUUUAUUUUGAAAGUUUUAGCAUGUAUUUCUGCUCUGACAGAGUUGAACCACCUGUGAGAGUGGCUGUCAGAGAGCCACUGUCUUAAGCCAGAUCCUCUCAGUCUUGUUGGCAAAGUUGAAAUAAGUGUCCAAAGAAAUCAACCAGAGCUUAAAAGACUUUAAAAACCCCAUCAAAAUAAGUAAGUAGAGAUGUAGCAAAAAUCUUUUUUGGUUCUUUGCUCUUCUUAUAUUAAAGAAACUAUUUAUAGCUGCAUCCAAGCCCAUCUCUUCACUCGCUACCUUCAUUUACAGCCUUGCAGUACAACUAUCACCACUAUUAGAUAAUUAACUGGUGUGGACAGAAACUUUUGGCCAUGUAGUGUAGUUUUUUUUAAUUCUAAAAACACAUUUUUAGAUUAAAGAAAGUAAAGGGGAACAAAGAAAAGGUCAUCCUGCCUAAAAUUUAUAAUUUUAUGUGCAUACAGCCGAUAUUUGGAGCCGCUAAAGGCCAAUAUUCAUUCACUGAUAACAUUUUAGUUAUAUCAGCAAAAAUGUUCAUAUCUGGCGAUAUCAAUAUCUUCAUUUCUAAGCAAAUAUCAACCAAUAUCCUGCAGAUAACACAUGCAUACUUUUAUAUUAACUGUAAUAAAUUAACUCCAUAAGUCUACACUGGGAGAAAGCAUGCAGUGAAGAAAUAGUGGCACAUAAAAGUCUAUUCAUGUGUCUUAUACAAAUGCAGAAAAACUAGCCAACAACCCUGUUUGAUGAAUACAUGAACUUAAAUGCUACAGAGUUUAAGGCCUUAAAGUCUUGCAUGUAAAGCCUUAAUUUUUGCUAAAUUGAUUUUUUUAGUUUUCAGUUCUAUUUAAGCCCCCUCAAACACUUGAUCUGAAAACAAGACAGAAAUAAAACCAGGAAGCUGUAGGACCAGUGACUGGCCAGUUUAAUGGGAGCUGCAGUUCUCUGUGUAUGUUGUUAUGAGAGCGCCUCCAUGUGGUGGUUUCACAACACAGCAGCCUCCAGAUCUUGCAUGAGCCUCCUCCUCCUCGUCUCCCUUCUUGCCCCUCCUCUGCUCUGUUUUCUCUAACAACACUAUAACACAACUCAGAAAAAAACUUUAAAAAAAAGGAAGAAAAAGGAAAAACGGAAUAGGGGAUUAUACUCCAAGGUACUUUACUGUUUAUUACUCUGAAUGGGGGACUGGGGGAUGUCUGGACAUUUCGUUUUCUAACAGCGACUAUCCCACUUAUGACGUUUCUCUUUCUCCUGUAUUGUCGAGUAUUCUUUGUUCCUACCUCCCCUUGGCAUUUUCACUGUUUAUUUUGUUUUUAUUUUUUGUAUUUGAAUCUAUAUUUACUGUUUAGACUGUUGCUGAACCUCUCUGUGAUAUCAAAACGAAAGAAAAUGAACAAAAAAAACACCAAGUGUCUUAAAAUAUUGUAUCGCCAUCGUUUUUAAUGCCAAGUACUACUUGUAAAUGUUUGUGUAUCAAAUGUGGCCUCAAAUGAAACUGAACUAUAUUAUUAUUAUUAUUAAUAUUAUUAUUUGAGCAAUUAUUUUAAACAAGUGCUGUAGACCACUGCUGUGAAAGUAGUCGAUUCUGUUCAUUGAUAUGUAAUAAAUAUUUAUGAAAUUUGAA